UUUGUCUGGCUCCCUCUUUACCACUGUGGUCCUCACCUGGUUUUCUCAAGCACGAUUUUCCUAUAAAAAGAAUGUCCUACACUCUUUAGAUCCUCAGCCAUACCAGCUUCUGAGUCUCGCUUGAAGUUGACACCCAACAUAUCCACGUCCCACAACGGUCGUCCUAAUGGCGCCAAACGUGUCCUCUGCGCAGUCAAAACUGUCCUACCCUCUUUACGCCGCGGACUUCGACCCUUACAACCCUGACUUUCUGCUGGUCGGCGGAGGAGGAGGAUCAUCAUCUACCGGUGUUCCCAACAAGAUCUCCUUGAUAGACACCUCUCGUCGCGACCAGUUGACAGAAGUUGUCGAUGUCGAGCUCGUUAAAGGGGAAGACUCUGUGACAAGUCUUGCGGUCUCCGACUCUUUAGCAUCUUGUCUGACCGCGUUCGCCGGCAUCAACAGUUCUGUCGCCGCUCAGGAUGCAGGUAAGAAUGAACAUCUAAGGUCUUUUCGCAUCCCUCUUCCCGCGAAGAAAAGGAAAGCGGACGGGACGACCGUGAAUGGAGCAGAAAAGCCAACAAGCCAGCCACAAAGCUCACAAGCACUCGGACGUACAGCACUCUUCAAAUCAGCGAGAGGCACCAAGAAUGAGACAUACCAGAGAGUGUUGCGCUUUUCGCCAGUCAAAACACUAGGGCAGUCUCGCAUUGCAGCAAUUGCUUCUGGCCUUGCUCCCGAGAACGAGAUUAUCGUCUUCCAACCAACGCCUACACCCACGCAGAAAGACGAGAUUUCGCGCAUCGAUCUCGGAAAACGCGAAGCAGCAGACCUAGAUCUCAACGUGAACGUCGGCGAGAAAGAAGGCCACGUCCUGGCCUAUUGCACAGACGACGAAGUCUUCAUCCAACAAAUACCAGCCUCCUUCAGACCUGCUAGUCCCAUGUCCUUGUACCGGACAACCGAGUCAACCACGUCCCUACCACCCUCGAAGCGGCCCAAGUUCCGUGCUGUGCGCUUCCUGAGUCCUAGGUACCUAUUGCUCCUGCAAAAUCGGCCAGGCAGGACCGGAGCCGAUUUGCUCAUCCUCCGAAUCACCAACGACCUUUCUCAGUCGCGCAUCUCUCUACGCAAGCGCCUGCACAGUUCUACCAAAGCCGCUGUGGGCCUAGACGUCUGCCAACUCACCCGUUCAAGUCUCAACGAAUACCAAGUCAUCGUCGCAGUGGCAGGUCAGUCUGGCGACGCCAGCUCCAUCGAGCUUCUGACGAUCGACUACUCGGACGCCGGCGUGGGCACAUUUCGACCCUACACACUGCUACGUAACGUCCACAGCGGCCCACUCACGCGCAUAGUCUUUUCGAACUUCAUCGGCCCAACCCUCCCAGUCACUAAAGAACUGCCAGCACAAUCCAUCCGCCUGGCCUCCGUAGGCGUCGACAUGAAUGUUCUGGUCCACUAUCUCCCUCUGCGCCCCUACCCAUCCAGUAGCAAGAAUCCCCGCUAUGUCCUCACUCCGCCAGGCCGCUCCGAGGCGAUGCAGACCACAUUCAGCGUCUUCGUGGCCCUUGUCGUUGUCAGCAUCGUCGCGUUCCUGAUGCAGGCCUUCUGCGAGAUCCGGGGCGUCGUCCCACCCAUGCUCGGCGCACCAAACUGGCUGACACCAAGCAUGCGCAACCUCGUCGCCCGUCCCUGGAUGUUUGGCGAAAACAUCUCCUCAGUAGCCUACUCAGACAUCCCGGUCGCCGCACACAGCGCCGCCGAAAAAGUCAAGGAGGCUAUCGUAGAAAUCCCAAGCGGCAUCGCCAAUGCCGCGUCCGAUCUGAAGCAGUACUUACUGCACGACCUCAUCCAGAGGAACUCGCAGCUCGAAACGCCAAAGGCCAUCAUCGUCCGCGAGGCCAACCUUGGCGAGUUGUCCGCAGAAGUCGCAGCCGAUGCGGAUCUGAUCCAGAGAGAAACAAUCAAGAAGUGGGAGGAGCUCAGCGAGACUGACCAGAAGAGCUGGAAGCAAAAGCUCAUCGACGCGGGCCACUGGGCUGAGGCUCAAGGCGAGAACGUGCUCAAGGGCAUAUUCUUCUCGCAAUUGACAGGAGCCGUCGGCAAUAUUGUGGGCGGUCAAUAGCUACCAGGAAACGAGCAUGCACGCAAGCAGACUCAGUCUACUGUUUAGCAGAAUAAAAAGUUGAAGACUUUUCCUUCUCCAUCAUUUCAUUCAUCGUUACCUCAAGCUAGAAGGCAUGUCUAUCAUCAUUUUCCUUGCUCUUUUCAUCUGACGCGUUACAAUUCAUAGCCCUAGCCAUAUCACAACGUGCAAGUUCCCCUAUGUCGCCCGGGGAAGAUAGCACCAAAAAGCCAGUGACAUUGGUCUCCACGUCGCUCCCGUCGUGCCACAGCGAGAAAGAGGCAUCCCAUGCAUGCUGUAGCUCUUUACAUGACGAUAUGCAUGCAAGUCC